UUUUGCACUUUAUCAAUUUAAAUAUAAAAUAAAAUGUUAACAAAUUCUCAAUCACACAUAUUAAACCAAAUCUAGUAAAAUUCUUUCACGUAAAAAGUAUUUUAAUUUAUUUAUAGGCAUAACAAUGGAAGACGUAACUGAAGAUAAGAGUCAUAUACAUCAAGCAAGAGUGAUUUGUAUUUGUUGCUUGUCUACAACCGUGCCUUUAAUAAAGCUUUUAAAUUGUAAACACUUAUUAUCCUUUGCAAAAAUCAUAGACAACAAGUUUCAGGUGGAAUUUAAGGAUGCAUAUGCUUGUUAUCUUUGUCAUAAUUUGAUAAAAAAAAUAGACAAGUUUAAACAGCAAGUUGAAGAAUCUAUUUCUAAUUUGUAUGAAGUGCAUAAAAAAUUAAUAAUAGAACCGAAAAAAUUACAGAUAACAGAUAUAGAAAUUAACUCGGCUAUAAAUAAUGAACCUUUAAAAAAUGAAUUCAAUCAAAUUGUAAAUAUAAAAACGGAGAUAACAGAAAUAAAAUACGAAGAAGAUUUAACAGAUUACGAUAUACCUUUAAAGGUAAAAAAGGUUAAAAGUAAAGAAAAAAAAGUUAAAGGUACAAAAAGAGGUCCUAAUUAUGAAGGUAAAUUAAAAAUCGUGCUAUUAACUUAUGAAGAAAUGAUGGAAGAAAGAAAAAAGGAAUCCGCAAAGAUAUCUUAUAUCAAUUUACCUUUUAAAUGUGAAGAUUGCGUAAUUGGAUUUGAUCAUGAAGUGACAUUAAAAAUGCAUAUAAUACAACGACAUAGCAAUAAAGAAAAAGGUUACAUAUGUGAUAUAUGUAAUUCAGUUCUAAGUACAGAAGCAUCGCUCAAGGAACAUAAGAAAAGACAUAUACGACGUUAUGAAUGUUUGGAAUGUGGUUUACGUAAAGCUGAUCUACAUUAUGUUAUAAAACAUUAUAAAGAAGAACACGGCUCCAUACAUACAAUGCAUACAUGUGUCGAUUGUGGAUUUACAACUGAAUCUAACCGUACAUAUAGAUAUCAUAGAGAAAAACAUCGUAGUAAAAAGAAAUGUAGACAGUGCGGUAAUACUUUUGCCAAUCCUAGUGCUCUGCGGACUCAUGUAUUCACAGUUCACAGUAAAUCAGGUCGUACAUACAUAUGUCCUGUUUGCGGUAAAACUUAUCGCGCUAAGUCAAGUCUUGUCGCACAUCAGACGUUACACGCGACAGGUCCGAGUCCUGACAGCUUCUGUGUCAGCUGUAAGAUACAUUUCAGGAAUGCUGUCGCUUUGAAACAUCAUCUGAAGACGCAUUCGAAACAUGUACGAGACUCUGAUAAGAAGUUUACUUGUGAAGAAUGUGGUUUGAAGUUUUUACUUAAACGAUUAUUAGAAGAACACAUUGAUUGGGAACAUUUGAAGAGAGAAAAGUAUGUCUGUGAAGAAUGUACUAAGGUAUUUAAAAACAAAUCAGCUCUAAAAAGACACAAAAGCUACGUUCAUGAUAAGAAAAGGCCACCAAAGAAUAAAAUAUGUGAUCAUUGCGGACAAGGAUUUACUACUCUACAAAUCUUACGUACUCAUGUACGUACUCACACCGGAGAGCGACCAUUACAAUGUACCAAAUGUCCUGCGACAUUCGCCCACAAUGGCGCACUCUACACGCAUAAUAAACUGCUACAUACUAAUAAAUAAUGCCCCUCCCCCAAAAGUUAUUGAGUUUGUGCCCCCAAUGUGGGGUCACUACCUUAUUUGGAAAUUAUUGUUAAGUUUUUGACCCUCAGUGCGGAAGUUACUUAUAAUUUUUGUAAUUUUAUGACUAAAGUAACUGUCAACUUAUAUUCGAGUUCGUGCCCCCACUAUGAUAGUAAAUUUGAGUUUUGUGCCCCAAGUGUGGGGUCAUCGUAAUUUCUUUCUAGUUUUUAGUCUCCACUGUGGGGAGUUUAUUUUGAGUUUUACCACUUAGUAUAGUUAUGGGGUCACUGUUAAUUUAUAUUGAGUUUUAUGCCCCCACUGUGGGGUCACUGACAAUUUUAUUUAUAGUUAUGUAUAUAAGAUGAAAU